AUGGCAGCAGACCCCCUCGACAACGUCGGAACGGUGCCUCACCGUUCCCUCCUAGCUCUAGUCUGGACCUCCUUUAGCGCCGCCCUCCUCUUCGUCGUCUUACGCACCAUCAUCCGCUUCAAGAUCGCCACGCGUCUCACCGUCGACGACUACGGCAUCUUCCUCGCCCUCGCCACGCUCCUGACGUUAUGCAUCCUCGAGACCAUCCAGCUGCCGAGCCUCUACCACAUCACGGCCGUCAUACAGGGUCGCAUCCCAAUUUCUACCGAGCUCAUGUCCCAGACCGAGGAGUACCUGCGCUACGAGUUCGCCAUCAUCAUACUUUUCUGGAGCGUACUGUGGUUUGUGAAGGCGAGUUUUCUGGCGCUGUACUUCAAGCUCUUCAAGGAACUGCCGCAUUACCGCAAGGCGUGGUAUGUCCUCGCCGUGUUUACGGUGCUGGCGUACGCUGGCUGCGUGACGACGCUGUGCGUCUCGUGCGGGCCCAUCGACAACUUUUUCAAGUUUGCGCAGUGCGGUGGGCCCCAGCAGGUGUGGGCGUCGAAUUUGAGCAUUUACUUUAGCACGGCCAUUGAUGUUUUUACCGACCUCUGCAUCAUGGCAAUGCCGCUCAAGUUGAUUUUCAACGUCAAAAAGAUUUCUCUGAAGCAAAAGGCCGGGCUUGCCUGCGUGUUCAGCUUGUGCUUCGUCAUGAUUGCCUUUUCCAUCAUCCGCGCGAAGCAGGUCCUCGUGCCGCAGUACUUUGUCAACUUGACGUUGCUCAUGAUUUGGUCUACUCUUGCGGCUUCCAUAUCGGUCAUUGUUGGUAGCCUCCCUCCUCUCAAGAUUCUCAUCACGAACCGUGCUUCGGCGAAGCGCUCUCGCAACGACUCGAGGAACCACCAGUUCAGCAAUAACGACCCUCGCAAAAACAGCGUGGUGUUGAGCUCACUCUCGAGUGAGAGGAAGCACGCUGGCGUGAGGUGUCCGACGACGAGCGAGUCGCAAGAGGAGAUGCUCCGUUCAGGAGGAGCGCAGUUUGUCAUAGUGAAGCAUGAUGUAUGA